UGACUCGUGACAUCACUUCCGGAAGUGACGCGGCGGACCAGUCGCUUGAUACCUGCAAGCUGCUUUGCACGCCGGCGUUUGAAGAGAACAGUGAGUGAGUGUUGUAGCAGCAACAUCGCUUUUUUUCCCGCAUCUCCUUCACCUCCUGGUCGCUUCAGUGCUACAGCAUUCCUUUUCUCCUCUCCUUCACGUCAUGGCCCUGCGCUGAUCUGAAGUCUGAUAUCGCACCACUAGCUUAGGUGCGGUUGGCAAAGUACUGUGUUACCAUUCGCUUUUUUAAGCAUGCUUUGCGCAGAGGGCAAAGACAGUCCGGGAGAAGAAUGCUCUGGUGAUCUCGAGUUAAACGGCCAAGGACUUAAAUCUCAAUGUGAACUUUGGAAAUGCCAUGAAGGCACAGGCCAUACUUCCAGCAAGUACUCCAGCUCAGCCUGUCAGUGUUCCACUGGAGACCAGGAUGCCCUAGUCAAGUUCUGUUGCACCCCCGAGAACGUAAGCAUGCAGCUCCCCCAUCCCACUGGCACAGGAGAAGAUGUUCCUCCACCUCAGGAUGUCGGGACACUAUCUCCUGAAGGGCGGAGGUUGGGAGUCAGCAUUGAGCUGCAAAUGAGAGCGUUUACUUUAUGCAGAGAGUACCUGAGAGGAGCCUGGAGGGAGAUCCAGCCACAUCAAUUUAAAGUGUCUGUGGUCAGUGGUGGACUAAGUAACCUUCUUUAUAAGUGCAGUCUCGCAGACACACUCAAAACGCAGUCUACUGAACCACGCCAGGUUUUGCUACGGCUGUACGGUGCAAUUCUGCAGGGUGUGAACUCUUUGGUUCAGGAAAGUGUUAUAUUUGCAAUCCUAGCAGAACGUUCACUUGGCCCACAGUUAUAUGGUGUAUUUCCUACAGGCCGUCUGGAAGAGUACAUUCCGAGUCGGCGACUGGUGACACCAGAGCUUAGUUGUCCAGACAUGUCAAGCGAGAUUGCUGAGAAAAUGGCCAGAUUCCACAAAAUGGAAAUGCCUUUUAAUAAAGAGCCAGUGUGGCUAUUUAGGACAAUGGAAGAGUAUAUGUCACAAAUAUCCCCGCUUUCCUUUACAGAAAAGGAUGACAUGGAGAAGUUCAACCAGUUGAAAAGUUUUUGUCUGGAGGAAGAAAUGCAAAAUCUCAAAGUGCUUCUACGAUCUACUGCAUCACCUGUAGUCUUCUGUCACAAUGAUGUUCAGGAAGGUAACAUUUUGCUGCUGUCUUCUCGAUCCUCCUCUGCCUCAGACAGGCUCAUGCUUAUUGACUUUGAGUACAGUAGCUACAAUUACAGAGGGUUUGAUAUUGGAAAUCACUUCUGUGAAUGGGUGUAUAACUACCACCACAAUGAAUGGCCUUUCUACAAAGCACAGCUGAGCGACUACCCUUCAAGGGUACAGCAGCUUCACUUUUUCCAUUCCUACCUUUGGGAGAUGUCUCCAGGUCUUGGUGAAGGUGAUCGCCAUGCUCAGGAAGAAGCAAUGUUGUUGGAAGUAAAUAGGUUUGCACUGGCUUCACAUUUUUUCUGGGGUCUCUGGUCUAUUUUGCAAGCAAAAAUGUCCACUAUUGAAUUUGGAUACCUGGAUUAUGCACUAUCGCGAUUUAAUGCAUAUUUUGAACAGAAACGCAUCUGGACCUAAUUUUCAUUCGAUACUCUUUGGAGCAUGUAACAGAUUUCUGUCUUCAGCAAGAAUCUGCUUCCUUUGAUGGACCGAUAUACCUGCAGUCUUUUCUCACACCUAUCUACAAGAAAAAAAACUUUUACUCUGCACAGUUCUGUGUGCAUGUCUGCAGCCUGCAUUCCUUUACUCUCUUCCUCCUGCCUUUAUCUGUAUGCUAAUCUACCUCUGUCUGCAUCUUUGAACUCUCUUUAUUUUUAUACAACCUCAUCAGUAGCGCCUACUGUGAAGACCCUUGAGCUUCCUCUAAAAAUGUAAAACUUGUAUUAAUGUACAAGUUAGAAUUAUGUGUUAUAAUUUAUUUCAAAUUCUGCAUAUUAUUUGCUCCUAAUAUUUAUAGUUUAGUCUAUUUAAUCCAUUUGUAUGUUUUGUUAAAUGCUAAUGGUUUUUAUUGUUUGCAUUUACUUUAUCAAUUCAGAGUAUUUUAAUCAGUGACUGAAUUUGGUCACAUGCAACCAGUGUUGACUGGCCUGGCGGGACACCGGGCCAGACCCCCUCUCCCAAUAUUUACAUUUUGGGGAAAAAAAACGUUUUUGGCGAUGCGCAUCACCGCUCGCGCAUACCAGCGUUCAUGCCGGCGUUCAUGCAUGCACACCAAGCAGCGCAUUCGCACAGUCGCGCCGGGCUCGGGGGAUGGAGGAGGGCCAUGGACCAGCAGUUCCGGUGGGCCCCGGGCCCCCCAGUCCGACCCUGCUUGCAACCUAUUUUUAAAUGCCAAAGAAUGAACAUAGACAAAACCUUAAAUGCUAGCACUGAACUGGAAAUUCAGAAUGUUGCUAACCUAAUGGCUGCUUAGGACUUGUAUCCCCAUGUAUAAUAAAAGGCACCAGUUGCUGAUUUAAAGAUAUUUGCUUUUAAACUGAUCACCAGUAAAAGCUACCUUGUCGUUGAUUGGUACAGGUGAAUAUACCUAUAUAAUGCUUUUAUAGCCCCUAAGCUUUUUUUGUUUUUUUUAUAUGGCACUAAAAUUUAGUUUACCAAGCUGGGGAAAAAGUGGUGCAGCAAUGCUACCUUUUUUUAAGGUACUUAUUCUAUUGCUUAUUCGUCAAGGUUAUUUUUAACAGCAAUGGCAUUUUUCCUGAAUACCUGUUACUUUUUAGCAUUUAAUGAUUACAAAGCAUAUAACUGUUCCAUCCACCCCUCCCCAGUAUCUGAAAUAUAAUCUUUUUUAAAAAAAAUAUAGGGCAUUUAAAGGAACAGUGGUAAAAGCAAUACCUUAUUUGAUUUUAAGAUGGAGGUGCAAUAUGGGAAGAUCUUAUUUAUUCCCCUUUUCUACAAUUGUGUGUAUUUUUCACACAAUAAAUCCCCAAAAAUCUCAAAUGUUAAAUUAAAUUAAACUCAGAUUUCAAAACUCUAUUGUGGAAGCAUGAAAAAACUCAUCGAAUGUAGUGCAAUUAUAUUCUAUCCUUCAUUUCACAAUAUCUUUCAAAUUAAUCUCAAAAACUCAAAUUGAAUAGCUUGAAUUUUGCCAAGACAACACCCACAAAUUUUUAUAUUCAUAUUUUUGAGGGGUUUCUUGAAUUUCGAGGAAUUUGAAUUUGCAAUUUUUGCUGCAAAAAAAAUUCACAUUGUGGUAAAAAGUUGAAAUGUUGAUAAAUGCCCUUUAGUCAUGGGUUAUGCUCAACAGGUUAUUUUAAUAUUGUUGAUUCUUAUUUUAAACAUAAGCUUAAUUUCAACUUCUAGUGGGCUGCCUAUUCUUUUGUUUCUAUACCUUAUAUUUUGCACCCCUUUCAACUAUUGUUAUUUAUAUAGCAUCAUCAUUUCAUGCAACACAGUGCAAAGGGAAACAAAUAGAAGACCAAACAGUUAUCAUAUUCAAAUAUUUCUCUGAAACAGGUACAAUCGGAUAUUGCAAGGAGACUGUGGGGCAGGGCCCUGCUUGCAAGAGCUUGCAUUCACAUCAAAACUACUCCCCCUCCUGUGAAAUAAUUAUGGCAGCCCUCCUCUCUGCUUAAACAGCACUGCUAUACUCUCUUCAUACAACUCUACUACAUAAACAUAAUAUGUAUUCUUUCUACAACCCUAUUUCCCAAAGUGUCUCAGCUCUAAAUAGCAUUGCAUUCCCCAUAUAUACCUCUCCAUUCCAUACAUGCAUGAUUGAUCUGUAUUUAGAUCACUGCCAUAGCCCAACCUUUUGACCAGAUGUUUUAUCAUGCUUCCUCAAUUUCUUGAUGUUUUUCAGCUACAUAUUUCACAUCCAUUCUCUCAUUAUAGCAGCCUUUAGAAAUUCCAUUAGUUCCUGCUUAGUCAUCAUUUAUUUGCUUCAUGUCCUCCUCCUAGCUCAUCUCUACAUGAGCUAGCUAACACCUAUUUUACAUGGUUACUCUAGCAGCUUUGCCCCCUCAGUUUCUGCUCUGACCGUUCUUCCCACAUUAUUUUUAUACUAGUUUAUCUGCUUAUCUACUGGUUAAUUUUAAUGGAACUUACAAUUGGUUGUGCUUUUUGUUAUUUAUAUGUCCGCUAUCUCAACAGAAAACGAUGUAUUUACAUGCAUAAAAAACUGUUUAAGCAAUUACUGUAAAUUAGCCACAGAUGAAAACUAUGCACUGUAUCGAAAAUAAAAAAGAACAAGCAAA